AUGUUAAUUUUAUUAUCAAUUAUUAAUUAAUUAAUCAUCAAAAAAAUAAUAUUCACAAUAAGAAUUUUUUUUUUGUUUUUAAAUAAAUCUCAUCAAAUAAAUCAUGGAACGCAAUUAAAUUAUAAUAGGAAAUCAAAGAGUUGGAAAGUCAUCCAUUUUAUCAAAAAGGUUUAUUAUACACAGUUAUAUAUUAAUAUAGAUUAUCAAGAAUUCAUUCUCGAAAAAAUACAAACCAACUUUUUGGACUUUAGUCAAAAAAACAAUAGAUAUUAAUAAUAUACCAAUUAAUUUAAAUUUCCCAGAUAUAUGUUAUUAAGAACAUUAUUAAUCAAUUAGGAAAAACUCUUGCAUUAAUAAGGAUAUUAUUAUAAUUAUAUUCGAUAUCAAUUAGAUGGUUAGUUUUUAUAAUGUUUUAUAUAAUAAAUUUAUUUUAAUUUUUUAUAUUCUUAAAAAAUUUAUAUCUUUUAAUUUUUAAUUAAUAAAAUACAUAUAAAUUAUUUACUAAUACACUUUAAUAAGUAAUAUAUAUUAUUAUUAUCUAUAGUGAAACCAAGAGAGACUUGUCAACUUAAAAAUAUUAAAAAAAUUAUUAUUGCAAAUAAAAUAGAUUUGAGAGAAAAUGAUGAGUAGAUUGAAGAUUAUAAAUACUAAAUAGAUAAUCUCUUAGCUUAAGGUUAAAGAAUCAAAGGUUCUUGA